GAGACUCAUGCCUCAUUUGGAGCAGCUCUACUGAGCAGAUUGGCACCAUGGAAGGCUCCCCGGACCAGGAGGGCUUCUUCAACCUGCUGAGCCACGUGCAAGGUGACCGGAUUGAGGCACAGCGCUGUUCACUACAGGCCGGGCCAGGCCAGACCACCGAGAACCAGAGUGGCCCCACACGUGAGAUGGACAGCCUCAUGGACAUGCUGGCCAGUACUCAGGGUCGCCGCAUGGAUGACCAGCGUGUAACAGUCAGCAACCUGCCUGGCUUCCAGCCCCUGGGCCCCAAGGACGGAGUGCAGAAACGAGCUGGGACUCUCAGCCCCCAACCCCUGCUCACUCCUCAGGACCCGAACACUCUCAGCUUCCGUCGUAACAGCAGCCCCCAGCCCCAGACACAAGCCCCCUGAGGGCCUGAGCCAUUCUGGGCCCCAUGAGGUCCCUGAAAGCAGACAAUAAAACAUUUCCAUGAGUAA